AUGGCAAAGACCGCUAUGGCCUACAAGGAGAAAAUGAAGGAGCUGUCCGUGCUCUCGCUCAUCUGCUCCUGCUUCUACCCCGAGCCCCGCAACAUCAGCAUCUACACCUACGACGACAUGGAAGUGAAGCAGAUCAACAAACGUGCCUCUGGCCAGGCUUUUGAGCUGAUCUUAAAGCCACCAUCUCCCGUCUCAGAAGCCCCGCGCACUUUAGCUUCUCCCAAGAAGAAAGACCUGUCCCUGGAGGAGAUUCAGAAGAAGCUGGAGGCUGCUGAGGAGAGAAGAAAGUCUCAGGAGGCCCAGGUGCUGAAACAGCUGGCGGAGAAGCGAGAGCAUGAGCGGGAAGUCCUGCAGAAGGCGCUGGAGGAAAACAACAACUUCAGCAAAAUGGCCGAGGAGAAGCUGAUCCUGAAGAUGGAACAGAUUAAGGAAAACCGUGAGGCUAACCUGGCCGCCAUCAUUGAACGUCUGCAAGAGAAGGAGAGGCACGCCGCGGAGGUGCGCAGGAACAAGGAGCUGCAGGUGGAGCUGUCCGGCUGA